AUGAAGGAAGCAAUCUCCCUAGCUCUAGGCAAGCCAGAUAUUGUGACCUUCCCAUCCGCACACGAAAGCGUGCGCACGGUGGCUCCAAGGCCCUGGAUUGUGCAAAAGUUUGGAGGGACGAGCAUCGGCCAUUUUGCCUCCAAGAUCGUCGAGGAGGUUAUUUUACCAGAAACAUCGGAAAGCAGGGUCGCCGUCAUCUGCUCAGCUAUCAGUCGCUCAACCAAAGCAAGUGGCACAACGAACAGGUUACUCCUCGCUUGCAGUGAGCUUGAAACAGAUGGUGCAAGCUUCUCUACAAUAAUCGACCAAGUACGACUCGAGCACACCCAAGCAGCCGAGCGAGAGAUCCGUUCGCGCGAGAUCCGGGGAAGGUUGAUUGACAGAAUUCGCUACGAAUGUGCUUGUGUGGUGAAUACCCUCAAUGCAGCGUACUUCCUGGGUGAAAUCAGUCCUGCAUGCGUUGGGAGGGUUGUUAGUGCCGGUGAGAGAAUGAGUUGUCAUUAUGUCACUGCAAUCUUACAAGACCAUGGACGGGAAGCAACCUGCGUCGAUGUUAGCGAGUUGAGCGUAUCGGCGGCUGUUCCAGGUAGUUGGACAGACAAAGAAUUCGUUGACGCGGUGGCCGCAGAGCUCUCCCUGAAGGCCUGCUCCGUACCCGGCAUUCCUGUCAUCACCGGCUACUUCGGGCUUCGCUCCACAGGAACCUUGCUUAGCUUUGUUGGGCGUGGGUAUACAGACUUGUGCGCAGCCCUCGUCGCCACGGGCCUUGACGCUGCGCAGCUGCAGAUCUGGAAAGAGGUUGACGGAGUAUUUACGGCAGAUCCACGCCACGUGCCAGAUGCAAAGCUACUCCAUUCGCUAUCGAUUUCCGAACUGCGGAAUCUUACAUUUUAUGGAUCCGAAGUGGUGCACUGUGCAGCAGUCGACGUGGCGAAGGACCGAAAUCUCGCCAUGUCCAUUCGCAACGUCAGGGACCCAUUGGGAUCCGGAACCCUGGUUACGCCCGAUGUGGAAGCUUCACAGGAAGGGUUAAUGGCUAUUACCAAAAAAAGUUAUAUGGCUAUCGUGAGCGUCCGCAGCCCGCUCGGUAUGCCGGGCUUUAAGUUUCAGAGCCGCAUUUCGGACAUUCUUCAGAAAUGGCAGUUUACUGGAGAACUGGUCACAAUAAGCGAAUCGGGAGUCUCACUGGCGAUUCCCAUACCGGAAGACCGACCUUACGGAGCUCUGCAACCGGCGGAUGUACGGCUCUGGUCUGCCAUCGAGGAGCUCAAAGUGCAAUUCACCGCAGUCAAAGUGAGCCAUUGUAUGGCUCUACUCUGCGUAGUAUGCCGUCUCACAAACUCCAUGGACUUUGCGCUAGCGUGCAUUUUACGAGUAUUACGUGAUCUGGCGGUCCCUGUGAGAAUGGUUCUGCAUGGUGCGAUUGAUACAAUUGCGGGAUGUGUGAUCGAGGAAGCACAUGCUGAACUUGCCACCAAGGUGCUGCACCGAGAUUUGUUCUCAGCGCAGACAAUGGCUAGUCCAGCCUCCACGCUAUAUUCUGCGAGCCUCGACGAAAUAAAGUGA